AUGAUCUGCGGCGAUGCUGGGUCACCGAUUAUCGUGCGUACGGGCGAAAAGGGACUCUCGUGGCUCGAAGUCGAGGCCGGCGGGAAGGCGGCACACGGCGCUCAUGUUCACAUAGGUAGCAACGCAAUUGACGGGCUGAUGGCAGCACUUUCGCAACUCAAGUCCUUGGAGAAGUUUGAGACUUGGCCCGUGAAAGAGGUGGAGGACGCAGUCGCGGCGGUCAAACCCGUGUCGGAGCCCCUAGGAGGACCCGGCGAGGCAGCUGUUUUGGGCAGCAUCACGGUGAAUAUUGGCACAAUAUCCGGCGGAACGUCGACAAACCUAGUAGCAGAGACGGCUUCUGCAUCGCUGGACAUUCGACUGCCCGUGGGCCUGUCCACGGCUACACUGAUUAAGCAGAUCAAGAGAAUACUAGAGCCGACAGAUGGGAUAAGACACGAUAUUGUGCGGGCCUACGAAGCGUCAUGGACGCCACCAGACAGACGAGGAGAUUGCACGGCACGCGUUAGAGGUGAUAAGGCUGAUGGUGGACGAACCGGCGACGGUGAAUAUGCGAGUCGGGGCUUCUGA